AUGGAGAUCGAGAAGGAUCACCGUAACUCUCUUCCAGACAAUCUCCAACGCGCACUUUCGUCUUUGAUGACCAAAGAUGGACCAGUGGCGAAAUUAUACGCAGAACUAAAGAGCCUUCUGCCGAAUGACCUAGCGAGCGGGAAAAUGAGCAAGAAAACCAGAUUGACCUGGCCUUUCAAAGAAAAGGAAGCAGGAGUAAUUGCUGAUAGACUGAAACAAUAUUAUGGUGACAUUACAGCAAUUCUAGCCAUCGACUCAUGCAUUAGGAAUACAAUCAAGGAAAUUACUCAAGGAGUCCAGGAAUUAAGAGAGGAUUCUGCCGCACAAAAGGCGCGCAAGAAAGCCGAGGACCGUCAAAAGUUCCUUCAAUGGAUGAACCCUUUGUCUUGUACCGAAAAGCACGAUAUCUCCCGUCGCCAGCGCAACACCGCGACUGGUCGUUGGAUUUUCCAGGACGAUCAGUAUAAGACGUGGAAUACAUCGGAUUCCGCGUUCCUAUGGUUGAAUGGCCAUCCUGGAAACGGAAAGACCAUUCUUGCCUCCGCCGUCAUCGACGAAUUUCAGGGUAGUGGGGAAGCAGAGCCACAAACACUCGCUUAUUUCUAUUGCAAUUUCCGGGACGACCGGACGACAAUCGCGGCUGCAGUAUUGCGUUCUUUGGUUGUUCAACUGCUCCGACAAUCUAAUGACGACUGGGUAACCAAGAUAGGCGAGGAGCAAGGACCGAACACGUACGGGGACCUUGUUUCUCUGCGAAAACUAUGGAAGCAGCAAAAGAACGAAGAGUCAUGUCCCACAGAUCUUGGUAUUCUACGAAAGCUUCUUGUUGAAGCGUCUACGCUAGUUUACCUACCAGUCCUCGUGAUCGACGCCUUGGACGAAUGCAAGGACCACUGCGAUCUGGCAGAACACCUUGUAAAUCUUGCUGAAGACGCUCGGCUACGACUUUUCGUCACCGGUAGAAGGGAGCCGGACAUCCAAGAUGCCUUCGAUAAUCUCCCCACCAUAUCGCUGAAGGACAGCGCAGAACAAAUCAAAGCAGAUAUACAGGUUCACAUUACCGAACAGCUGAAUACUCAGAAGCGUUUAUCACGCCUACCCGACACACUGAAGAAGACGAUUUUGGAGAAACUGUUAGAAAAGGCUGAGGGCAUGUUUCGCUGGGCUCAGUGUCAACUGGAUGAAAUUAUGGCUUGCAAAAGACGCAUCGAUAUCGAGGCAGCCCUCGACAACCUUCCAGCUGGACUAUACGAAACGUAUGACAGGAUUAUUUUCGUCAUCAAACAAAGAGGAGGAAGUGAUGACAAAAUUGCCAAGAGUUGCUUGCUUUGGUUGGCUGGCGCAUUCACCCCUUUGACGCUUGACCAGCUCAAUGAAGCGAUGAUGAUCGAAGUUGGGCAGACGAGUCUCAAUGAGGACCUUGGCGUCAUGGACCCUAUGGAUAUCGUGGCCGCGUGCGGAAGUCUUGUGACCUAUGACGAGAAAACCGGCGUCGUUGCUCUAUCCCAUUAUAGCAUCAAAGAAUACCUGAUCAGUCGUUGCCCCAAUAACAUCCUAAAAUCGAUCUCAGACAUGCAUGCGCGUAUCUGCGAACUCUUGAUUACGUAUCUGUUAUGCGACUUUGUGGAUGAGAUCUGCGCAAAAGAUGCUAAAUGUCGUUCAACACUUCGCAUGGAUGAUCGUGAUCGUGAUGUUAUCGAUGUUAGCCGAAAACAUCCGUUGUUCAGCUAUGCAAUCCGAGGAUGGAAGCACCUUGGACAUGUUGAGGAUGAGGAUCCGGACGUCAUGGGCGCCCUGGCAUGGAUGAACUCGGAGUUUAUUCGAAACACAAAUAAACAUCGUGCGCUUGCAACUGAAGACUGUGAGCAUCGGCCGACUCAAAAUGAACCCAGGUGGCUGCGUACCGCUGCGACUUUGCCCUCACUUCUAUUAAUCCCACUUGAGCACGGAAAGCCAUGGAUGGUCGAAUACCUUGUCAAGCAGCAACCCCAUCUACUGGACGCGGAUGUUGCCACUCAUUACGGUCCUCCUUUGAUUUUUGCCAUAGCAUCGAAGCCUGACUUCCUCAGUACUCUCCAGAAGCUGGGUGCCGACCUCAACAAGUCUUAUUCCUUCAGACCCUUUACGCACCGUCGAUAUCUCCACCAUGUUUUUGAAGACUCCCUUACUCCGAUUUCAUUGGCGGUUGCGAUUGGAAGCGAAGCUGCCGUGGAUUUUUUGCUGUCACACACGGAGGUCAACAUACCAGAUAACAUCCUGCGUAUGGCCGUUGUGGCUCCCAAGCCAUCCCCCGAUAUUGUUCGCAAACUUCGUCAAUGCGGCGCGGAUGUCAAUUUCAUUGUCAAUGGCUCCACCCCUCUCCAUGUUUUACUCUCCAAAUACGGAAGAUAUGUCGAUAAAACCAGAUGGCUAGCAGUCGUACAAGCACUCAUUGAACCAUCAUAUGAUCUUUCUGUGCAGGACAGAACUGCUAGAACAGUACUACACAUUGCUCUCGAUAAAGGUGCUGACGAGAUUGUCACAUACCUCCUCGAGAAAAAUGCGCGGCUAUAUAUGGAGCUGGGCUAG